CCCAGCCGAUUUGAGAGGGGAUCUGCAGCAGGGUUGGUCGACUCCGCGUGUCGUUGACAGCAGCGGUGGUCAAGCCAAUACGCGGUAGACUGGCUCCCUGUAGCCGUCGAGAUAGUACAGACAACGGUGCCGAGUGAGCGACAGUUAUACCCGGUCUCUCGCGUCAGACUGUUGUUUCUCGCGUUGCUGUUUGCGUAAUAAAUAACAAAGUUUAUAAAAUAAAUAAUUAAACCUCAUUAAUAUUGCGUCCGUUAUUUUUUAAAUUUAUUAUCAAGUAACAGUGAGUGAUUUUUUUUUAGUUCUGUUUUUCUUUUCUUUUUUUUUCGAGCUGUCAUCUUUUUUUACAAGGUAAGCGGAAGUUGAUUAAAUAUAUGGAAAUGUGCCCGUAAUCGUAUUUCCCAAAGACAAAAAUAAUAGUGUCGAAGCCAGAGGAAAAGUUGUAAUUUGACCUGGACAAUAAAAAGGCUGGUUUUUCGCGGCUUAAAGAUUCUGAGUCUGAAUAAUUGUUAUAUUCUAAGACAUCAGCUUGAAAAUAAAGUAACAAAAUAAUUUUUGCCUAUAAAAAGAAAUAAUAAGUGAGAAAAAAAAGAGAUUAUCUUUAUAUACUCGAUAAAUUUGAAUAAAAAACUUUUUCAUAUCAAUAUCGACACAUCGCAUUAAACAGCACUUCUCUAGAAAGAAAUUUUUUUUCGGAUUUUUUUUUAUUACCGUCGAAGACAUAAAUCUUCAAAAGCUAUAUAAUAAGGUGCCAUAAAGUUUUUUCGAAUUGAAAAGUUGAUAAAAAAAGAAAGAGAGAUUCUGAAAUAGAAUCAAUUACAUUUGUGAUAUUUUGACAUAUCCUGCUGAAGAAGAGAAAAUGUAUAAAUUAAAUUUAUUUAUAGACAUUAAAUUAUAAAUUUAAAACGGUUUGAAAAAAUUUUAAUAAAUUGAAGGUAUAAAUUUAAAUAUAUAUAUAAAAAUUAUCGAAAGAGUUUUUUUUAUUGAAUUGUAAGACGUUUUGAGUGACGAAUAAGAAUACAUAUAACUGGGACAAAAUGUUGCUGAGAUAACGCCGAGCGUCCGGCUUUGGAAUUAGUACAAAAGUGCCGACGCCGGCGAAUUCACGAGUAAAAAAUAUAUAGGUAUAUCUAUAUAUAUUUGUAGAAUGUAAACUAAAUAAAUACAAAAAGUAGAGUACUGAAAAAAAUAAUAUUAAUAAAAUUAAAUUAAAAAAAAACAAAAACAAUAGUAAUAAUAAUGGCGGCUUUUCCACGUCGACGAUCAUUAUGGCUAAAAGCAGCUGUACUGGUGACAACUGUUUGGCUGACAAUUUGUUUUCUACUUUACACUGAAGACAGAACUGCGCCGGAUGUCCAGGUUUUAGCGCCAUCGGGAGUUGCCGCACCGCAAAUCGCUAAUGAUUUAGUUCCAGUUGUUAAACAAGAGACUGUUGCACCACUUAAUAAACUCGAAAUAAAUCAAGCAUCUGGUCCUGAACAAGGUGCUGGAGUUCUAGCAGCGCCCAAAGAACAAGAUCCAGGUGAAAUGGGUCGACCAGUUGUUCUUCCAACGAACCUAACUGCCGAGGUAAAGAAACUCGUGGAUGAUGGAUGGAUGAAUAAUGCAUUUAAUCAGUACGUGAGCGACUUGAUAUCAGUGCAUCGAUCUCUACCCGAUCCACGAGACGAAUGGUGUAAACAACCCGGUAGAUACCGCGAAGAUUUACCACCUACCGCAGUUAUUAUUUGUUUUCACAACGAAGCUUGGUCUGUGCUACUCAGAACAGUGCACUCUGUGCUAGAUAGAUCGCCAGAGCAUCUCAUCCAAGAGAUUAUUCUUGUCGACGAUUAUUCCGAUAUGCCUCAUUUGAAAAGACAAUUAUUGGAUUACAUGAUGAAUUAUCCAAAAGUUAAAAUAAUACGAGCGUCAAAACGUGAAGGAUUAAUUCGUGCCCGUCUGCUGGGAGCUGCUGCUGCCACAGCACCUGUUCUCACUUACUUAGACAGCCAUUGCGAGUGUACUGAGGGCUGGUUGGAACCCUUAUUGGAUCGUAUUGCACGUGAUCCAACAACCGUCGUAUGUCCAGUUAUUGAUGUCAUCGACGACACGACGCUGGAGUAUCAUUGGCGUGAUUCCGGCGGCGUUAAUGUUGGCGGGUUCGAUUGGAACCUCCAGUUUAACUGGCAUGCAGUACCAGAUCGUGAGAAAAAACGUCAUAAAAAUUCAGCAGAACCUGUUUGGUCGCCGACUAUGGCCGGUGGUUUAUUUGCAAUCGAUCGCGCUUUCUUCGAACGUCUUGGAACUUACGAUAGCGGCUUUGACAUUUGGGGUGGUGAAAAUUUAGAACUGUCUUUUAAAACUUGGAUGUGUGGAGGUACUUUAGAAAUAGUGCCAUGCUCGCAUGUCGGUCACAUCUUCAGGAAACGUUCGCCAUACAAAUGGAGAAGUGGAGUAAACGUGCUCAAGAGAAAUAGUAUUAGAUUGAGUGAGGUGUGGUUAGAUGAAUAUGCACAAUAUUAUUAUCAACGUAUAGGUCAUGAUAAGGGUAAUUACGGAGACGUGUCGGAGCGUAAAGAUUUAAGGAAGAAACUUGGAUGUAAGUCAUUCAAAUGGUACCUUGACAACGUAUACCCGGAGCUGUUUAUUCCAGGAGAAGCUGUUGCUUCCGGCGAGAUUCGUAAUCUCGGCGAGGGUGGAAGCACUUGUUUGGAUUCACCAGCUCGUAAGUCCGAUUUACACAAACCGGUGGGUUUGUAUCCUUGCCAUCGACAAGGCGGCAAUCAGUACUGGAUGCUGAGUAAAACUGGAGAAAUACGUCGUGAUGAAUCAUGUUUAGACUACAGCGGCACUGAUGUCAUUUUGUAUCCUUGCCAUGGUAGUAAAGGAAACCAACAAUGGAUUUACAAUCCUCAGACAAAACAAAUAAGACAUGGAAGCAGUGAUAAAUGUAUGGCAAUAACAGAAAGUAAACAACGAUUAUUAAUGGAAGAAUGUUCACCAAGUGCACCUCGACAAAAAUGGUCACUAGAAAAUUAUAAUUCAUCAAAACUGUGAUACCGAUUGUCUCGUCGUAAAUCAUCAUUAUCAUCAUCAUCGUCACUAAUAUCAAAUCAUAAAACCGACAUUAUUAAAUCGAGGAUAUAUCAACGUUAUGCUGCCGUUAAAUAUCUGACGCAUUAAAUUUUUUGUUGUUGUUGAGAUUUAUUAUUUUUAAUGCGUUAAAAUAAUACGCACACAUGAAAGUUUUGUAAAUAUUCCAAUUUAUAAUUAUAAAGAUUAUUAACUAUAAGACAUUAAUUUAAUUGAUUAAGUAGAUAAUAAUUGAUAAUUUGAAAGGUAAAUUAAAAAAAAAAAUAUAAUUACAGACAAAUGAACUGUCGACUGCGUGGAAUAUUUUUUUAAAAUUGAAGAAUAAAUGUAUUACUGCGCAUUAUUUUCUCCUUGCGUACUAGUUACAAUUAUUUAUUUAUAAUAAUUAUAAUUAUUAAUAAACAAUUGAUGAAACUUUGCGCUAAAUUUAAAUUUAAUGGCAUUCGACGUUUCGUUUAUCUUUUAUUACCUUUCUUAUUAUCAAAUAAUUCAAUGAAUAUAUAAUAAAUAUUAAUAAAA